GGAUCGAAUUGCCCUGUUUCUCGAAGCUCACACAUUCGUUUGGCCGUUUCGGUGCACGAGAUUGUCCAGUGAGAGUCCAGAGGACCAGUGUGAGAGAAUGGAGGGCUGAGAGAGGAAAAGCUUGUUCCUCCAGCUCGCACCGCCCUCUUCCCGAGUUUGGAGGAUGCUCAUAGGGCGGCCAAUCCGGACAUAGGUGGGAAGAGAGAGCCAAUCGAAAGUCAAUAGGACACAAUCACGCCUCUGUUCUCUUCUAUUUGCUCGUCUGUUUGCAGUCAUCCACCACGGCUGUGAGGGCCGUGAUGAGUAGGCUACUGUCUUGGAAAUGGCGCGUCAGCAUUGCGAGUGGGUGCCCAAAGUCUGACGCCUCAAGGCAUUCUGCUGAUGAGAUGAUUCCUGCUGACGUCCUGGGCCGAGUGUUCGCGUCCUUUCUGUCUGUCGACGAUGCGCUGAGGGCCCGGGCGGUCGGCAAGACAUACGGCGCUCUGCUCAUCGAUGAGGCCUUCCUGAUGCGCCGCAUCGCCAGCUCCCUCGCCCAGCAGCAGCUUACCGGCCUAAUCGAGGUGGACGGAGAGGGCGGCAUUGAGGCCUCGUCGGCCCUCUCGCGAUUUGGGUACCUGGCUCGCUGUGCCUAUGUCAUCGAACAGACUGCCAGAUGGCCGAUGAUGGCCACACUCAUCAAGGCGGCGAGUGCGUGCGGUCUGGCGGGCCAGAUGCCUUUGGUGCUGUCCGCCGAGUGGCUGCCGGGCGUCCUGCCCGACAAGGCCAGCUUCCAUCGGCUGCCUAUUGCGAUGGCCCUCUACAAGACACUGGGCCAUCCGCUUGGCCGCACUGCCCGCUCCAACAACCUGGCAGAGCGGCUUCGGCUGACGGAGGUUUAUCACAAGAAGGAUAUCCUUAUCGCCCGCUUGCUGCUUGUGGCAUCCUACAUCGUCUUCCUCCUCUUGCUCGUGGCGAUCGGUUAUAUCUGCGUCAAGCUGCUGAUGCCGUUAACGUGUCGCGUCUGGGAUUUGCUUGAGGAGGUGAAUCAGGUGGUGGAUGAGCUGUUGGAUCCCCCGCUCGAGCGCUCCUUGGUAUGUCGGUACACCAUUGACGCCAUUCCUAUCGUAAUGAGUUACGGGGUGGUACUGCUCAUGGUGGUCCUCCUAACAGCGACUUACGUGGUGGCACUGCCCAUGGAGGUCCACUUAACACUCGCAGCCAUGCAUGCCAGCUACGCAGCAGGACUGGUGCGGCAAAAGCUCGUCCAGUACUACCGCAUCGGCGGGAGAACGUUUCGCGUCAUCGGUCAGCGCGAGGAAUCCUGCCGCGGCCAAUGGAGGUAUUCCGAGAGCGACCCGCCCGUCAACUCAAAUGGCCGCAUUUAUCGCUCAUUCAGCGCACUCGCCCUUGACGCACUGUGGGAAGCCACAUCUUUCAGCCACACGACGGUGCUCGAGGCCGAAGUGGGCCAAGGCCAUGGCGGCUAUCGGCGAUUAUUGUGUGAUCCCUUGACGAGCGGCCAACUCGAUUUGUCGGUCAUCGAUUGGCGAGCGGCACACAUGGGGACAGCCCGGGUGGUGGUGCUGCUGGUCGGUGGCCUCUCUGUGGUGGCCUCCGUAUCGCUCUUUGGCGGGCGCGUCAUGAUCAAGACGACUGAGAGGAAGGCGGUGGGCGGCUCGUCUGUCGAUGAGCGGUUCCCUCUCACGAUGGCUGCCGUGCGGCAGCUUCUGAGGCGAUUUGGACUUGAAGACAACACGGUCGGCCCGCUGCAACCUUGACUGACCGUCAGUUGUGUGGGGGAAUGAGAGAGAGGGGGCGAGAGAGGGGGCUGCUCGGUGUGCUGGGGGUGCUGUCACGUCUAAAUUGACGGAUUGCGACUGCAGGAAUGUGUGAUGGACCUUCCAUAUUGGCCAAGAAAUGCAUUGCGAUGCAUUGAUGGAUAAAAGGGGUAUGCACACCCUCUUGCUGUCCGUCC